GAAUUCCAUUCAUCUUUCGCUUCUAUUUCCUAUUAUAAAUUCUCCCAAAUCCCCACUCUGUUUUUCAUCUUCAUCCUCUGUUUCUGCAACUCUUUAUCCGCCAUGGGAAGCGAACCUCGACAGCUCCAUAUCUUCUUGUUCCCCUUCAUGGCUCACGGCCACAUGAUCCCCUUCGUCGAUAUGGCCAAGCUAUUCGUAUCUCGCGGCGUCAAGAUCACUAUUGUCACCACCCCUCUCAACUCCAUCUCCAUCUCCAAAUCGCUUCAAAAUUUCGCUUCACAGAUUGAGCUGAUUGUCCUCAAAUUCCCUGCUGCUGAAGUGGGCCUUCCGGAUACUUGCGAAAACGCUGAUUCCCUUCCAAGUCCGGAUUAUAUCCCCAAAUUCUUCGAAGCUUCCACCUUACUUCAAGCCCCUUUUGAGCAGGCUCUGCUUCAGAGCCGCCCUGAUUGCCUCGUUGCUGACAUGUUCUUCCCUUGGACUAAUGAUCUCGCCGCGAAAAUUGGCAUCCCCAGGUUGAUUUUUCAUGGGACUGGUGCUUUUUCGCUUUGUGCUUCUGAUUUCAUUAGACUUCACAAGCCUGAAAAGAAUGUUUCGUCGGAAACAGAGCCUUUUCUCAUUCCUUAUCUCCCCGGAGAUAUUAAGAUAACGAAGAUGAAACUCCCUUCAAUCGUUCGGGAAGAUACCGAGACUGAAUUUAGUAAAUUCUUCAACAAGGUUAAAGAAUCGGAAUCGUAUUGCUAUGGGGUUGUUGUGAAUAGUUUUUACGAGCUGGAAACAGAGUAUGUCGAUUGUUACAGAGAUGUAUUGCGACGAAAGGCAUGGCCUAUUGGUCCACUUUCAUUAUGCAACAAUGGAGCUCGUGAAAUUUCGCAGAGAGGAAAAGAAUCCGCCAUUGAUGAACACGAGUGCUUGAAAUGGCUCGAUUCCCAGAAAUCCAAUUCGGUUGUGUAUAUCUGUUUUGGAAGUUUGGCGAAAUUCAACUCUGCUCAGCUCAAGGAGAUAGCUAUUGGGCUUGAAGCUUCUGAGAAAAGCUUCAUAUGGGUUGUCCGGAAAGUGAACGGAGAAGACAAGGAAGAGGAUCAAAAUUGGCUGCCGGAGGGGUUCGAACAGAGGAUGGAAGGAAAGGGGCUGAUUAUAAGAGGAUGGGCGCCGCAAGUUCUGAUAUUGAAUCACCCGGCGGUGGGUGGAUUUGUAACACACUGCGGGUGGAAUUCGACGCUGGAAGGGGUUGCCGCCGGCGUUCCGAUGGUGACAUGGCCGGUAUCGGCGGAGCAGUUUUACAAUGAGAUAUUAGUGACAGAGGUGCUGAAAACAGGGGUCGCUGUCGGGGUUCAGAAAUGGGUGCCUGGUGUCGGAGAUUUCAUCGGAGGGGAAGCUGUGGAGAAGGCAAUAAGGAGAGUAAUGGAAGAUGAAGAAGGUGGUGAGAUGAGAAACAGAGCAGCAGAGAAUGCAGAGAAGGCGAAGAAGGCCGUCGGGAACGACGGAUCAUCGUACCGGAAUCUGGAUUCGUUGAUUGAGGAGCUGAAAUCGUUGGCGUUUUAGAUUCGUUCUCAAGUACGACGGCGACGGCGACGGCCGUGUUCAUGUCAUCCCCCAUUAGUUGGUUUAGAUUUUCUUUUUGUACUUUUUCAUUUGAAUGGAUAAUAUUUUUGUCUGCCUAUUUUAAUA